AUGUCAACGAAUGACACUUUUGUCUCUGAUAAAAUUGGUAAUGCUAAUGUAGCUUGGGUUCUGUCCGCGACGUGUCUUGUUUGGUUGAUGACUCCGGGAAUAGGAUUAUUUUAUAGCGGCUUGGCUCAAAAAAAGAAUGCCUUAUCUUUGAUAAUGUUAUGCUUCUUGUCCAUUCCUAUUGUAUCUAUUCAGUGGUUCGUGUGGGGUUAUAGUCUAGUAUUUAACAGAAAUGGUGGGAUGUUCAUCGGUAAUCUGCAAAAUGCCAUCCUCAGGAAUCUCGAUUGGGAUAGUGGUCCGACAAAUGGGAGUAAAAAUGUUCCAGAAUUUAUGUUUGUGAUCUUUCAAUGCAUGUUUGCAGUUCUCGCUCCCGCGAUUAUUAUCGGUGGGGUUGCCGAACGU